UGCAUUUGGGGUAGUUGGAGUUCAUGUAGUGUUGAAUGUGGAAAUGGCACCAGAACUCGGAAGAUUAGUCAAGCAGCUACAAUGAGUGGUCAGAAGUGUACAGGGCUAUCGACUGAGAUCUGCAUAGUCACAUCUUGUAUGGCAAACAAUCUAGCUGCCUCUCUUGGAGCAACAGUGACCAUGAGUUCAGUCUACAGUCCUGUGUUUGUUGCUGCAAAGGCUAUAGAUGGCAAUCCAAAAGACGUUACUGGACAGAGACUUUUUGGUUAUGAUUGUGCCGCUACAACGAAGUCUGACGAUCCUUGGCUUCGAGUUGACUUGCAAAAGGAAUAUUUUGUGUCACGUGUUAGAAUUAUCCCUAUAGGUGAUAGAGGUGAAAAUGUGUAUGUUCAUGUUGGUAACAGCUUAACAAACAAUGGGAAUGACAACCGCAAGUGUGGAAAGGCUCCAUACAACGGCUCUAAUAACUUUAAUGCAAUAUGGCGAGAUGUUAACUGCAGUUUACCAGUUUGGGGAAGAUACAUUAAUUUACAGAGAGUAGUGACAAAUCAUAUUCUUAUGGUAUGUGAGGUGGCUUUCGACUAUGAGUUGGAGAUUGCUAUUCUAGACAAUAAUAUGAAUAUUGAAGGGACAACUGUGGCAGUUAAUGAGAAUCAAGAUUACUCUAAUCCUAUUGAUUGUGGUGUCAGUCCUGAUGGGACCAACUUUAAUAAUGCACGUUUGCAAUGGAUGCACAACAUGACUAUUGAUGUACCAUCUUCAAGUGCACAGAGUGUAUAUCAGGUGUAUGAGAAUCGUGUUCAGAAGCUCUACAUCAAGUUAGCUAGUGUUUCUUCCAAUGGUUUGUAUACAUGCAAAUAUACUGCAACAGAUGGCUCUAUAGUGUCAAAGUCAUUUACACUGAACGUCAAUGUAAACUGUGAAUGGAGCUCAUGGUCAGAUUGUACAUCAUCAUGUAGUUUUGGUACUCGUAGUCGUACACGAGCACGUCUUAAACAACACAAUGGAAUGGACUGUGUGGGGUUGACAUCUGAGAACUGCGACAGCAAACAACCACCAUGUGCACCAACAGCUGGGCAGUCAGUAGGAGUUUCUUUUGAUGAGUCGUCAGUGCAAGAGUUGAGUUGCACAGCUUCACAGUAUUCUGGUCAGAGUGGAGACAUUACAUUUGGAUGGUACAGAAAAGAGAAUGGAAUUGAUUCAGCUAUUGCAUUAGACUCUCGAGUAACAAAUUCAACAAAUCUUGAUGGUGUGGGCAGAUUUACUGGGAAAUUGAAAUUUGCGUCUGUGAAGCGUUCAGAUAGAGGAUUAAUCAAGUGCAGGGCUUUUAACAAGUAUGGUGCUAGUAACAUGUCUUCAGCUACAUCAGUUGAUGUCAAAUAUGCUCCUGAAAUUGUCAAAAUUAGACCAUCCAAUCCAGUAGGAGUGAAAGGACAAAAUAUCACUUUAAACUGUUCUGCUGAUGGUAAUCCCUCUCCUGAUUAUGAAUGGAGAGGAGGCAAGAGUGCAACAGGAUCUACUCUGGAACUAACAUCACUUGAAUUUAGAGAUGAAGGGACAUACAGAUGUGUUGCUAGAAACACUAUUGAAGCUGGUGCAAAGGCCAGUAGGGCAUCAGUACAGUUGAUAAUUGAAGGUCCUCCACAGAGAUGUGUUGUGUUGUCAGUCAAAAGCUAUAAUGACUCUGAAGUGAAUGUCAAAGUCAACUGUCCCGAAAAUGGAAACUCCAGUGUAACUGAAUAUCGUAUAGAAUAUCAGUUGGAUGAUGGCACCAGCAACAUGCUGUGGGAACAAAGAGAGUUCAGUGCUACUGAUUCUCAACCGUUUGUUGUUGCUGGUCUCAGUCCAUUUACAAAUUACAGCUUUAGAGUAACAGCAAGCAACACGCAUGGCUAUGAACCUGGAAGUUUGGCAGCUGUUAAUGUGGUGCCUGUGACUACUCCUGAAGGCUGUAAAGUUUUUCUAAUUUAAGGAUUUAUUUUGCGAUUGUGUGAUUUGUUGUAUUUAUUAGAUUUUAUUAUUACUUUUAUUGGUUUUUAUUGGUUUUAUUAUUACUGGAUUUUCUUGAUUUAGCACCAACUCCACCUCAGAAUUUGAGGAAUUCAAAUGUGACAUCAAGCUCAAUUGCUCUACAGUGGGAGAGACCUAUUGGCCUUAAUGGUGCUUUUCAGUACUAUACUGUUUACAACAGUAUUGGUGAUGCUUCGUACAGCAAGAGUCUCGACAUUGAGAGUCAUGACAAUCUAUACACCUUGAAGGGCCUCAAACCAUAUACUGAGUACAAAGUAUAUGUGACAGUAACGAAUAACGCAAAGUCCAAUCCAGAAAGUUCCCCUAGU